AUGAAGGAAUCUCUUUGUGCUCAUCGCCAAAACUCGAUCAAAAAACGCCAUUUGAUAGGCCUAAUAUCGCUGUUCAGUAAACGGCAUGAAGAGGCUUGCGUUUCAUCUUGCUCUACUGCUACGAUUACCUCGAUUUCGUCUUCGUCCACCAUUUGCAACAACACCACAAUCAAUCAUCAGCGGCCCAUCAUUCGCGCGAAACAUCGCAGCACCAUUCCGGACUACACUGCACUUCGAAAGCUUUUUCUAAAAUUUCAAAGCAAACCCAAGCAUCGAAGAAAUCUCUUAAAGGAGCAGGUAUCGCAUUGGUUUCGUAAAAACUCAAACGACAUUUACUUUCCACAAUUGCAAGCAGCUGUUUCUUUUUGGGGUAUCAAAGAUGCUGCCAAGGAAGAGAGGAAACUCGACUUUGGCAGAUUUAUUUUGAUGAAAUGGUGGCGAUCACUGCUGAACAAUAUCUCUAUAGCAAGUCAAGAUGACAAAGGCCUGUACUUUGAGUUUAUUCUGGAAAUUAUGACAAGAAAUGAGUUUUUAGAGUUUGACUUUUUGGGCCCGUCUCAGUACACGGAAUGGCUUCAGCUUCAGGAACAUGUACUUGUCAGAGACUAUAGACGACUACUUGUUGCUUCCUUGAGAUUAGCGAUAGAGAAGCUAAAUCAAAAAGCCAUCUAUUCCAACAUCAUCGCAUUCAGUGCCAAAGUGCUAGCCAUCUGCUACUUUAAGAUACCUGGAGUGGCUAUUUCAUUGUUGAGAGCGCUGGAUUCGCCACUGAAAAUGAUUCACAGUGUACAUAAAGAGAUGACAGAGCACUGCCAGCAGAAGCAGCAUCAUCGGCAGCAACAGCGCAUGUUUGUAUCAGACAUUCAGUACAUAUUCCCAUCAUUUUUACAUACAAUCAUGACAUCCGACAAGAAAUCAUAUCAACAUUGCCUGCUGGACGACGUGGAUUAUAAUCAGCUACCUUUACGGAAAUCGGGCAACUGGAUACGAAGAUGGACAAGCGACGAUAGUGAACUUUUCUUUUUGUUUUAUCGAUACUACCAUGCAACACUAAAAGUGUACAUGACAGCGAGAUACCCUAACCUACCACAGCUACGACUAUACCAACGCAACCUGCUACUCAGUGUAUCGCCAGGCUACUUGUGUUUGGCAUCUUAUUUUGCCAGUAAACUGCAUCUACUGACACAAAGAGAGAUUUGUUCCGUCACCAAUGGUGGAAUAGGCACCAACAAUAACAGUAAAAGCAACUUUUUCACAGCCUCUACCUUAUCACCCACAGACAACAUUCAACUGAUUAAUGAGCCCGCUACUACAGGGCAUGUCAAAACCAUGUUUACCAGUAGCAUCAUUGGAAAGCCAAAGCCUUUGAUCAUGGCGACAAGACGCUAUACAGAGUGUAUGGCUUGGAAUACUGUAGCUGCAGAUCCAGAUGGCUUGUUUCAUGACAUGGUGAAUGUUUGGCUCAGGGCAGUGAUAAAGAAGACGGUGUUGACAAAUUCUGAACAAGUAUUUUGCUUAUUUGACAUUUUGGAACAAACGGUGCUAGAGUUGCAAAAAUAUCCAGUCCAACUAGCGUACUUUCCAAUCGACCGCCCCUUUAUCUUGCAAACAUUGAACAUUGUGCUAUCUCAAUGCGAUCAUACAAUUACAUUGCUCAGAUCGCUGUCGUUCAUAUACGCUCAUUUUCAGUUCCUUACAGUCCAUGCUGCUCUUUUGGAUACACUUUGCAACGGUAUUUUGAUGAAUACGUUUAUUCUAGAACGUCUUUUGCUGCACUGGGGAAAGAAUGUGCGUAUCUUCUUUUUGAGAUGUCUGGUUUGGCGUGUCAGUCGGGUUUGGAGUACAGAAAAUGUGUUGUGGAGUACAGAGAUAGUAGAUGAGAUUCGUGGCAAGGGAGACUCUCACUUUUGUAAUGGGCAUCAAUGUUGGUUACGAUGGUCUUCAAAACACUGCCUUCCACAAGGGGUCGAUUCAGAAGAGUUGCAAGCUUAUCAACAGUGCGCCUUGUAA